AUGGUGAUGGGAAAUGAAGUGUCAAACAUACUGGAAUGGAGGAUAAACGUACCUGAUGGAGCAUUAGAGAUAUUGCAGCCUGAAUCUGAUUUAGUCCACAGAAUCUGGCUGGGGUUAAAGGGUCUGCUAGGAGAAUUCAUAUUGAAAAUUUGGAAGUUUUUGGAGAAGGCUAGGAACAUAGCAGUUGCUGAGCCUAAAAAGGUGUUAGGGAAUGCUGUGUGGGCGAUAAUGACAGCUGUGGUAGUUCUUGAAAACACUGCGGUUGCUCGUUAUAUUGCUGGUGCAACACUAUAUAAAUGUACUAACAGAGGAAUAGGCACUUUUCGUGCUGGAUCACUUGGCGUUGGUGUUCAUUGGGCUGCAAAUCACUCUGGAGUUGAGCCCAUAAUUCUUGGAAUCUCAGUUUUCCUUCUUGGUUAUCGCGAGGAUAAGGUGAUUGAUAUUGCACACCAAAGUUUAUCCGCAAUUGCCAUUGGGGCCUCCCUUUGCAUUCUCAUAAGCAUGCUAUUCUAUCCCAUCUGGGCUGGCGAAGAGCUUCACAAUUUGAUUCAUCGUAACCUGGAAAAGCUUGCUGAUGCUUUAGAUGGAUGUAUUGCCGGGUACUUCACAGGCAGCAGUGAUGGUGAUUCUUGUAAGAAAAUGGAAGGCUAUAAAUUCGUUCUUAAUUCAAAGGCAGCUGAAGAUUCUAUGGCUGGCUUCACAAGAUGGGAACCUGCACAUGGUCGUUUCAACUUCCGGCAUCCAUGGAACCAGUACCUAAAGGCACCUGAGCAUCUAAAGAGGUAUCUCAGUGAUGUCUCCAACACAUUGAGCUCCUAUGCUUCACAUGUCUUGAAAGAAUUGGCUGUUGCAGUUAAGACUAUGAAAAAAUCAUCAAAAAUAGACUACUCAAUUGGAAAGAUGCAGCAUGCAGAGCCUAUCAGAAAAACCGCUACACCAUCUGUCAUGGAGAUUCUUCGACUAGCAACAUUAGUACCUAUGCUAACAGAAACAACAGCAAGAAUCGAAGAAGUUGCUGAUGAAGUCAAUGAACUUGCAAAGCUUGCAGAUUUAAAGCCUCCUACCAGCAAAAAGGCUAACCAAAGCCAACCCCGUAACAAAGUUGAUGAGACAAUCAACCAAUGA